UCUAGCAUAGUACAAAUCGCACAAAAAGUUUCAUAAGUUUGUUUUACAAAUCUAAGUGAUUCGGAGAUAGAGAUGCUGUUUUCGGGAAGAGUGUUUGGGAAUGGAGAGAGUAAUUAAUUAUCAGCACUGUCUAUUUUUCUAGCCAAAUCUUAAGACGCAAAAAAUUCCCCUUCACCAAAUCCAAAUUUUCAGUUCAACCAAGCAUAUAUCCCUAUAUCCGUUGUCCUUCAAUGGCUACUGCAAUUUCUUUAUCAUUUUCUGUAGACCCUCAAUCUCACCACAAUUAUUUUCACCAUAAUACACAUAAAGCUUCAAUCUUUACCCCAAAAUACACACACCCUUUUAUCCUCUCAUCAAAAAAAUCACAUCUAACUAUCCCACUUUCAACUUCCCAAUCUUCAUCAUCAACCCCAUUUAAUCAAACAGGUAGAUUUUUAACAAACCAAGAACUUGAAAAGCUUGAAUCUUUAGAGAAAUACAGGUAUUUUCAAGAAUUGGAGAAAGGAUCAUUGUGGAUUCAAGUAAUGAAAGAAGAAGAAAUGGAUGUUACUGUUUGGUUAUUAGCUGAAUCUUUUGCUGAGUCAAUGUUAAUGCCUAAAGGGUAUGUGAAAUUCUUGGCAUAUUUAGUGAAACAGUAUAUGAUUGAGAGAAGAGCUAUGAUGCCACAUACUGCUACACUUCUUGCAUUCUAUAGAGAAAAUGGUGAAGAGGGAGAUUUGCAUUUGGCUGGUACUGUGGAAGUUUGUUUUGAUAAAAGGGGUGCUAAUGCUAAUCCACCUACACCUACACCUCCAAAGAAUUCUCCAUAUAUUUGCAAUAUGACUGUAGAUAAGCUGCUGAGGAGAAGGGGCAUUGGUUGGCAUCUGUUGAAAGCAAGCGAGGAACUAAUUUCUCAAAUGAGUUCUUCUAGAGAAGUUUACUUGCACUGUCGAAUGAUUGAUACUGCUCCACUCAAUAUGUAUAGAAAAGCAGGGUAUACCAUUGUUGAGACAGACAACAUUUUUAUCUUGUUGACGUUGCAGCGACGCAAGCACUUGAUGUGCAAAGUUCUUCCAGAUUCAGAAAGCCCUCUUGAAGUUGAUGAAUUUACUUCUUCAGUGGACACAUGAACAUGUAAACAUAGACAACUUUUGAGGUGGAUUCUGGUCUUCGAUUUGCCAAUAUUCAACAGGUUUAUAUGUCCCUGAAAACAAUCAUAUAUGCAACUCCGUGAAGUAACAUGAUGCAGUACAGGCAAUCACAACAGGGUGAGAAGUAUUGCUGCUAUAUUAAGAAAAGGAAGGAUACGAGGCUGAAACAUACAAGGAUUUAACUGAUCCUCGGACUUGCUUCUCCGACGUUUGUUCCAUGCUGACACCAAACCAAAAGGCAUGAUACCUGUUCUUUCAAUAGAUUCAGAUGCUUUCUUGUGGUUCAAUGAUGUAUUACAUUUGAGAAAACAGUAAAUAUUAAUGGAGAAAGAUACAAAAAUUUCUAAGCCAAAGAAGAAUGAGAAAAUAGAUAUAAGUAUAUUGGAAGGAGGAUAUAGAGUUGUAUGAGAAUCCUGUUGGAGUAUGUAUAAAGCAAAUGAGAAGUUAGUUUAUGAUAAAUACGUAACACUCUUUAACACUGUUAUCACCCAACAACCUAAGGCAAGAAAAAGCAAGAGAUGGAAAAGAAAUGUGUUGCUUACCUUCAAAUGUGAAAGUGGGGUGGGUGGGUGUAUGCCUUGAAAAGGAAAGAGGAGCUGCAAUUUAACAUGACAUUCUCUUAUUUUCUGUAUCAUUUACUGUUUCCAUUGCAAAUGGCUCUUGUUGGGUGGUCAUUUUCUUAGAUUUCUGUAACCUUUUUGCCUGAAAAUUCUGGUUGUACUGUUUUAUUGAUGUAACAUUUCAAUUUUGAGUGUUCGUGAAUCCAUAUUUUGUGUUGUUAGUA